CCUCUCCCCCAGUAGGCAGUCCCUGGGAUAUGAUCUGUGCGAACUCAAGCAGCUCAGCUUUUAUCUCUCACUUCUGAUCUUCAGGUGUUCGGGCCGCAUCCCAGCGCCUUUAUGUGCAACUGUACCGGAGCCCCCAGUGAAUUGCUGCCAGCCAUUGAUAUUAAUAGAGCAGGAGCAGCUGAGGGAUCCUGUGCCAGCGCCACACAACUGAUCGGCAGCCAGGAGCUGGAAGUCGCAGCCUACAGCCAAUGAUCGCGGCCGCAGCGGGAGGAGGAAAGCGCAGAAAGCUGAGCUGGAAAGUUCACUUGAGACGGCAGAGUUAGCAGAAAAGUCCGUCCCCAUUAAACUAUAGAGAGAGAGGUGGGGAGGCGGCCAGGGGGGGCUACACGUGGUUGCCAGGCGGGUUGAGGAGGGAGACGGAUCAGGAUCCAGUACUUGUCUCCGCUCAUUCUAUAAAGUGCAUUGGGAGACUGAGGGCAGAAGCGCUGCGCACGAAUCGCCGCCACUUAUCAGGGCACAAAGGCAGGACCCCCUAGGGAAGAGACUCAUUACCCCCCUGAGAACUAUAAGGCACCGCCUGAGUAGAAGCCACAGCAAAGUUGGCCGAGCGCUCCUGAGCGCCGCGCUUCCUACAGCCGAGCGAUUCAGUAGCACAGUCGCACUCCUUCUCCCGGCGCAGCGGCUGCGCUCCCGUCAGUACCACGGACAGCUCCCGAUCCCCGGACUCACCGCUUUCUGCUUAUUGUUGGUGCCCAGAAAGGCUUCAAGAUUUCGUCGAAAAGCAGGCAGGAGGAACGGCCCGCUCUGAGCCGGCUGGUGGCCCGCAAGAGGCUGGUGGCCGCCGGCGCCCUGGGGGUCAUUAUGGUGCUGCUCUUGGUCAUUCUCAUCCCGGUUCUUGUGAACUCAGCUGGGACUUCGGCGCAUUACGAGAUGCUGGGCACCUGUCGCAUGGUUUGCGAUCCGUACGGCACCAAAGCACCCAGCACUGCCACGGCGGAAACGGUGCGGGAACACAGCCUGCUUCAGUCUCUACCCACCUUCAUUCAAGGACCGAAGGGGGAACCGGGGCGGCCGGGAAAGGCUGGUCCGAGGGGGCCACCGGGGGAACCAGGACCCCCCGGACCAAUGGGACCACCGGGGGAAAAAGGGGAGCCGGGUAGACCUGGACUUCCAGGUCCCGCCGGGGCCCCUGGGCUGAACGCUGCUGGCGCAAUUAGCGCCGCCACUUACAGCACGGUGCCCAGGAUCGCCUUCUACGCGGGCCUCAAGCGCCAACAUGAGGGCUACGAGCUGCUCAAGUUUGAUGAUGUGGUGACCAACCUGGGCAACCACUAUGACCCCACCACGGGCAAGUUCACCUGCUCCAUCCCGGGCAUCUAUUUCUUCACCUACCACGUCCUGAUGAGGGGAGGGGAUGGCACAAGCAUGUGGGCAGACCUGUGCAAGAACAACCAGGUGCGUGCAAGCGCCAUUGCCCAGGAUGCAGACCAGAACUAUGACUAUGCUAGCAACAGUGUGGUUCUUCAUCUGGAGCCUGGGGACGAGGUUUAUAUUAAACUAGACGGAGGAAAAGCUCAUGGUGGGAACAACAACAAAUAUAGCACAUUUUCUGGAUUUAUCAUCUACGCUGACUGAGGACAUCUCUCCAAAAGUACAAAUGACUUCCCCUGGAGAUGGUCGUCAUGGAUUUUUUUUGGGUUUUGCUCAGUCCAUAAAGAUACUGGUUAUGGGACAAGAAUACCAAUGAAUAUCCUACAAACUUUUAAGAUAUUAACUAAAUUAAAUACAUAUAAAUGUUGUAUAAGUUCCACAGGUUGUGUCAUGCCCUGCCGCCAAAGCAAGCGCUCUCUGUUUGUGCCUGUGUGAAUUGAAACACGUACUAUAAAACACAGAUUUUCUAAACAAAAGAUCCCACAAGUGAAAACAUUCCCUACAUACAGUAUACUCAAUCGAUAUCCUAUAAUCUCGCUGCUUUAUCCAUGUGUGGAUUGUGUGAUUUGCCUGCCUAUGACAAUGCUUGGAGUUUACUAGUAACAUGGUGAAGACUGAUUUGCUUACAAUGCAAAGGUGAUGCACAGAAAGCAGUGAUUGGUGCAUCCUAGACAGGGCGCUAUUUGUAAUUGGCCGGUCCUUGUGACUGUCAUGCUGUGGUCCAGCCUAAAUACCUGGAAGUAAGCAAAUUAAAGGAUAGCGAGAAAAGAGAAGUAUUACCUUGACGGCAGAUUGUAAUUUAACUGUAAGAUAGCAAGAUUAAGAUAAAAGAAAAAGCAUUUAACGUUUCUAUUGAAUAUUGAAAAGCAAUGUGCAUUUAUUUUAUAUUUACCCUUGGUUGAAUUUCAUUUUUGUACCCAUAAACCUAACUGUAUUGUAUAUGUAAAAUGGAGAAUAGCACAGAGCAUGCAUUCAAUGCAGCUGUCUUUUCCUAGAUCUAAGUGGAAGAGAGCAAUGCAGGCCAUUAUGUAGCCACAUAAUAAGGUAUCAAUACAAUGGAGGUGCUCUGUGUAAUGGCACUUUCACUGUGGUUAUUGGGAUGUUCGCUUGACUCCUGAGAGAGCAACACGGGGGGCAUUUUUGAUUUGUGUAGGAGCUAGUGAAAUGCUGGCCUACAUUAAGCACUUUUUUAUGCAAAUAGAACUUAAACAGUAAUAAAACCCCACGCACUUUGAUAAAUCUAAGGCACGGUGGGGAACAUCGGAGAGACGGAAGUAGCUUACGAGUCAUUUUUAAUUCCUGUGGCUUUCUUCUUAUCCUGAAAUAGCACAGUCUUAGCCCUUUCUCCUAUCUCCCUCCAAUGUGCCCUUUAAAGAUGUGCAGGAGAAGAUUUGAAUGGCUAAAAAAAGAAAAUGCUGAAGUUUUACUAAUGAUUUUUAAUAGGCAUCGGCCUUUAUAAUAACUCUAGCAAUGAAUCGCUACCAAAGAUAGUUCUUCAGAACCCUUGGAUUUCUGUCAGUCCUAAAAAAAGUAAUUAGAGCAGAGCUGCUGAGAAACCACAGUUCCCAAAUUCCUAAUUCAGCAACCAGCUGAAUUCUGGGAAUUGUAGUUCAUAAUGGGGCCUGAUCAUCAAGAGCAUGUGUGGCACUAUAUUAGCCCUGCCUGUAUAGCUUUGAUAUAAUGCAAUAACAGGCAUUAUAUGAGCUGCAGGGCUUGUAACCCAUACUAAUCAAUGACUUGUUUAAUUUUAAUAUAAGCGAUGCAGUCUGCUGAUUAGUUCAUAGGGGUCACUACAACUGGAACUGCAUCAGUUAAGUUAUCUCAGUACUGUAUGACCUGUGCUGGAGUAAGAUUGGCAAACGUUGCUCUGGUUAGGUUACUUAUAAAACACAGUAAACCUGGUUGAAAAGGACAUUGAAUUGCAUUAAGGUCAACCUUUGAUUAACGCUGUACAAACUGACACAAGCCCUCGAAGUUUAUUUUAUAAUUUGUGAUUCUAAUAAUGACAGUGGGUCUCGCUAGCCCUGCCAUAUAAAGCCAUCUAAUUUAGGAAAGGCGCUCUUUAGGCAUAGCUAAAUCUAACUGCUGACUGUAUAGGGAAUGUCAAUAGACACUGAUAUAGAGUAUUAGUGUUGCUAUUUUGCUCUACUGGUGCCAUCUUGCCCUACUACACUGCUGCUCUCUAUUUGCUAUACAGCACAGAUCAGGGCAGUUGCCACUAUUUACAGCACCGAUUAGAAAUCUCACAUUAGUCUUGCCCACACAGCACUACUUUAAUGGCCAAUAUACUAUAUGCACUAGGUACUAGGAAAGGCUGUAUAAGUUUUCCAAAAUAAAAUGCCAUACAAGCACUGAUUACAGAGUUCAUAAAUCCAAUAGCUGGAGUAUUUAUCAGUGCUACACAUAAUGAUAUAUGAGCCAUUCUUGCACAGAUGGCUCUGCGCUAAACCCAUGCAUUGCUCAGAGUUUAUAAUGAGCUCCUUUGACCUCCAUACGACAGAAGAUCCUUUGAUGCACUUACAGGGGUUACCUACAUACAGUUACAAGGGCAAAAGCAUGUAGGUUGGGUUGUAGGGAUACAGAUGUGUGUUCUAUCAAUUAUCAAGUCUCCCCCCUUCACGUCAUUAACCAAUAGGAUGAAAGUUCCAGCAGUGCAACGCUACCAGUGCUGAUAAUGCUGGCUGGAGAAUUCCCUACCUCAGACAAUGUGAAGGUUCUUAUAGCACAUUCUGUCAGGCAGUAAAUCAUGAAUCUGUAGGUUUAAUUCAAUCGGGAUCAUCUCGAUGGAAUCUUUCAAAAGAACAAAAAAUAUCUGAGGUUUUUUUUUUAAUGGUUUAUUAAACCCUUUGGUUCCCAGGGUAAGGAACAGCAAGUCAUGCUCAAGCAACUACAUGUUUAUCCCUCUAGCAAUGAAAGGGACUCACUAUCCUGAGGUAUUGCCAACUUGCGCCAAGACAACUGUUCUCUCACUUUUUUGUGACAGUUUUACUUUCCAUUUAUGUUGCGUACUUCAGUGAAGGACAAGCAACCAACUAUUUUUGUUUGUGUGAACAAAAAUAAAUAAAUGAAAUGCUAAAAUCCUAA